AUAUUUCUCUGUAGAUAAUUAUUGUCUUUUCAGAGAGAAUCACUGGUCUCUCGCAAUCCACAAUCGAAUUCUUUAUGUUGACCAUCAACCUUGCAGUAAAUUGUUUCCUUAUCUACCCAAGAAGUUGCAAGUGCAACUAUAGAUGGACAGCCAGAAAUUCUGGUCCUGAGCCUAAAGAGAAACUCAAGCGUGAUAGUCUGUACAUAGACAAGCAAGGGAAAUUAAGAAGCUUUAAUCAUAAAAAAGUUUCACGGAAAAGGGGGGGUUCUUUAAGGGGACAGGGAUGGAAAUAUGGAUCAGGAUUUGUGGAUGGGAUAUUCCCAGUGCUGAGCACCGAUGCUCAGCAGAUAUUGAACUUCAUGAAAAAGGAAACGGAUCUGAACCGGGUAUGUCAGGCUCUUAGUAGUCUUUCUCCCACCCACACUACAUGGGAUGAUAUCAUCAGUGUUGCUGUUCAACUUCGUCUCAAUAAAAGAUGGGACCCAAUCAUAUUGAUGUGUGAAUGGAUAUUGUACAGGAGUACUUUCCAGCCAGAUAUCAUUUGCUACAAUUUACUUAUUGAUGCUUUUGGACAAAAGUCAUGCGCUGACAAGGCAGAAUCUACUUACUUGAACCUUCUUGAAGCUAGGUGCAUUCCUACUGAGGAUACAUAUGCACUUCUUCUGAGGGCCUAUUGUACAUGCGGAUUAUUAGAGAAAGCUGAAGCUGUCUUUAUGGAAAUGAGGAAACAUGGUCUUUCACCAAGUGCGGUGGUGUAUAAUGCUUACAUAGAUGGACUGAUGAAGGGCAGAAACUCACAGAAAGCUGUAGAGAUCUUCCAAAGGAUGAAGAGAGAUUGCUGCCAACCCUCUACUGAUACCUAUACAAUGUUGAUCAACUUAUAUGGAAAGGCAAACCGUUCAUACAUGGCUUUGAAGGUGUUCCACGAAAUGAGAAGUCAAAAGUGCAAACCCAAUAUCUGUACUUACACUGCUCUGAUAAAUGCAUUUGCUAGGGAAGGCCUCUGUGAGAAAGCAGAAGAUAUAUUUGAGCAGCUGCAGGAAGCUGGUCUUGAACCUGAUGUUUAUGCUUAUAAUGCAUUGAUGGAAGCAUAUAGCCGGGCAGGUUUUCCUUACGGUGCUGCAGAAAUCUUUUCGCUUAUGCAGCAUAUGGGCUGUGAACCGGAUAGAGCAUCGUUUAACAUCAUGGUUGACGCAUAUGGAAGAUCUGGUCUUCACGAGGAUGCUCGAUUAGUAUUUGAGGAGAUGAAGCGGCUAGGAAUUGAACCUACGAUGAAAUCACAUAUGGUGCUUCUCUCAGCCUACUCCAAAGUUGGUAAUGUCUCAAAAUGUGAAGAGCUAGUGACCCAAAUGCACAAAUCUGGGCUCGAACCGGAUACAUUUGUGCUCAACACGAUGAUAAACGUUUACGGGCGUAUGGGUCACUUCAGAAAGAUGGAAGAAGUUUUAGCAGUUAUGGAAAACCGACCAUAUGUACCGGAUAUCAGCACAUACAACAUCUUGAUCAAUAUGUAUGGUCGUGCAGGCUAUUUUGAACGAAUGGAAGAGAUAUUCCGAUUGUUGCCAGCCAAGAACUUGCAAAGAGACGUUGUAACUUGGACUUCUCGUCUUGGCGCCUAUUCUAGGAAGAAACUAUACACGAGGUGCUUAGAAAUCUUUGAAGAAAUGAUCACCCAUGGAUGUUACCCUGAUGGGGGAACCGCAAGAGUGCUUCUUUCAGCUUGUUCAACCAAGGAGCAGGUCGAACAAGUCUCUUUAGUUCUUAGGACAAUGCACAAGGACAUGAAAACCGAGCUACAAAAUCCAUAGGAGUAGCUCAACUCACUAUAACAAAAUUGGGUUCAUGUAUCAGAGUCCUAUAGGCUGCUUCAUAGACUCAAGUUUAUAGGACCAAAUAUUUGUACAUUCUAUGUAAAAGCGUUGUAAUAGCUUCAUAAGAUACUUUUCAUCAUCUUUAUAAGUU